AUGGAUAUGAUUGACGAAGAUCCGGAGCCAUUAAGCCCAAAAGCGACGACAACGCCAAAAGACAAGACCCCUUACUGGGAUGCUUCCUAUCGCAAAGAUGCCCUACUAACUUCAGUUUCAAAACUUUUGCUGGAUUCCCAAUAUAGUGACUUCACCAUCCUCUGUGGUGGCUACAGAUUUCCAGUCCACAAAGCAGUUAUCUGUCCUCAGUCAGAAUUCUUUGCCAAAGCAAUGAAUGGUUCCUUCUUUGAAGCCAAGUCGAACGAGAUCGUACUCCCAGACGAUCCUCUCGUUGUCCGAAUGAUGCUCGACUAUUUUUACAAGUCCGAUUACACAUUUUACAUGGAUUAUGGCUUUCCUAGCUCUAAAGGCAUAGAAGGCGUAGAUCUACCUUCGGAUAUGAUUGAUCGUCUGGAUUGCUGUGAACUGUCUCUCCAUCUCAAAGUCAUUCUUUUGGCAUACCGUCUCCUUCUCACGACAUUUCGAAACCUUGCCACUCGAAAGUUCUUUCAAGUCUUAUAUAAAGCAUCCUUUUCUACGGUCUUUCCUCGUGCUGUUAAGGAGGCAUAUGCGGCAACGACAGGUCAUCAUAGGUUAAUUCGGAGGAAUAUUGUCACUUUCGCUUUCAGAGUAUUGCACGGCCAGUGCCACAGAUGCGAUAUUGGCUACAAUUUUCCAAAGCACAUACUGGACGAAUCACCCGAGUUUACGCGUGACCUAAUGGAAAGGUGUAUUGACAGCUUGGUAGAGAAGCGGCGAGACAGGAGUGCAACUGAAGCUUGA